AUGUCCACCAAAGCCUUCCUCAUUUACCUUCUUUCUUGUUUCUUCCUUGCUCUCCUCUCUCUGCUAUUCGUCCCCUUCUUUAAUGGCUCCUCCCCUUCCCAAACGUCUCUGUCCACUCCCGGUUCUUUUGCUUAUGCAGUCCAAGCCCAUCAAGUUUGGCCUGAUCUCAAGUUUUCAUGGAGACUUGCGAUAGCUUCCGUGAUCGGGUUUCUGGGAUCGGCUUGCGGAACAGUGGGCGGGGUAGGCGGCGGAGGUAUUUUCGUCCCGCUCCUCACUCUUCUUCUCGGAUACGAUACGAAGUCUGCUGCUGCUCUUUCCAAAUGUAUGAUAAUGGGGGCAUCGGCAUCAUCAGUAUGGUACAAUUUGAGGGUGUCCCAUCCGACGAAGGAAGUGCCAAUAUUGGACUAUGAUCUUGCCCUUCUGUUUCAGCCCAUGCUCAUGCUUGGAAUCACCGUCGGCGUUGCCCUCAGCGUUGUCUUCCCCUAUUGGCUCAUCACCGUCCUCAUCAUUGUCCUCUUCAUAGGCACCUCCUCCAGGUCCUUCUUCAAGGGAAUCGAGAUGUGGAGGGAGGAGACUAUACUGAAGAACGAAAUGAUGGCCAGACAACGAGCGACUUUGCUGCGUUUCCUGAAACAUGCCGUUCUGGUCGAUACAAAAUAUGAACCGUUGAUUCCUAAAGAAGAGAAGUCAGCCUUACAAAAUCUUUGUUUUAACCUUAGGUGGAGUGGGGUGCUGAUGCUAAUGGUCGUGUGGAUUUCUUUCCUACUACUACAAGUCAUCAAGAAUGACGUAAAGACUUGCGGUCCAUUGUAUUGGGUUCUUUUCUGCUUACAGUUUCCCGUGGCACUAAUGUUGUACGGGUACGAAGCGGUGAAGCUGUACAAGGAGCAUAAAAAGAGAAAGAGCACGGGGAACCCAGAAUUGAUAUGUGAAGCUUCAAUAGAAUGGAGUGUUGUCAAUCUUGCAUUUUGUGGCUUUUGUGGCAUCUUAGGAGGUACUGUAGGAGGCCUGUUAGGUUCUGGAGGCGGCUUCAUCCUGGGCCCUCUUCUCCUCGAGAUCGGUGCCAUCCCUCAGGUUGCUAGUGCUACGGCAACAUUCGUGAUGAUGUUUUCAUCAUCCUUGUUGGUGAUUGAAUUCUACUUCCUUAAGAGGCUUCACAUUCCUUAUGCGUUAUACCUCACAACAGUGUCUGUUCUGGCGGGGUUCUGGGGUCAAUUCUUGGUAAGAAAAUUGAUCAAAAUUCUUGGGCGAGCAUCAAUCAUUGUAUUCAUCCUCUCUGGUGUUAUUUUUGCCAGUGCUCUCACCAUGGGUGUGGUUGGCAUUGAAAAGAGCGUUCAAAUGAUCCGCGACAACCAGUUUAUGGGAUUCUUGGGGUUUUGUGGCAACCAAUGA